UUUUAGAUUGAUAAUAAAAGGAAUUGAAAGGAAAUAUUUAAGGGGAAGACGAGGGGGAACCUCGUCACUCAGAGGGUGGUGCGAGAGUGGAACGAACUGCCAGUAGAAGUGGUGAAUGCAGGUUCGAUUGAAACAUUUAAGCUAAGUUUGCCACCUGCUCCUGAAUUGCCACAAGGAACCCUUCUGUUUCUGGGAAGAGGACUCCACCUCGGAGUCAGGCGUUCGACGCUUGCUCGCUGACAUCUCGUCUGCUCAGGUCACCGUUGUUGCCGAGUCCUGCUGCAGUCAUGAGUGAGGUCAGGCAACUGGCGACUGUGGGCCGUCCUUUCCAGUUGGGAAUGCUGUACGACUGCCGGUCAGACUCUCUGAUCCCAGGCAUCAUACUGUGGGAUUUACAGACACUCCAAAGCAACGUCAGCUCUCGCGAUCAGCCCAGCACUGAGUUUCACAUCAUUGCAUCAGACCGCAUGGAGGAGAAAUGCUCUGCACUUAAUGUGUCGGGUUCGAUGAAAGCAAGUCUCUUGUGUGGGCUCGUGGAAGUGAAAGGGUCUGCAAAAUAUCUCAGUGACACAAAGGGAUCAAAGCAACAAGCACGAGUUACCCUUCAGUACAAAACAACAACCCGGUUUGAACAACUGACCAUGAGCCAUUUAGGGAGACAGAAUGUCACCUAUCCGAGUGUGUUUGACGAGGGCUCAGCCACCCAUGUCAUCACAGCAGUGCUGUAUGGAGCCCAGGCUUUUUUUGUGUUUGAUCAAAUGGUUUCCUCAGCAGAGGAAUUGCAGGAUAUCCAGGCUAAUAUGGAGACGACCAUUAAACAUCUCCCGAAAAUUGCAAUUGAGGGUGAGGGCUCCUUCAAAAUGACAGAAGAACAAAAAUCAAAUGUGGAGAAAUUUAACUGCACCUUUUACGGGGAUUUCUCACUGAAGAGCAACCCCACCACAUUGCAAGAUGCCGUCAGUGUCUAUGCAAGACUCCCAAGCUUACUGGGACCAGGUGGGGAGCAUGCGGUGCCCAUGACAGUCUGGCUUUACCCUCUCAGUAAACUGGACUCAAAAGCUGCUCAGCUGGUGAGAGAGGUAAAUGUGGGAUUGAUCAGUCGCUGCCAGCGUGUCCUGGAACAGCUCGGCGAGGCAGUGAUGAGAUGCAAUGAUAUGGCGAAAGACAGAGCUGCCAUUCAGUUUCCCGAGGUCAGGGACAGGAUAGUGAAAUUCCGAGAGUUGUGUCAGGAAUACAAACUAGUUUUCCAGCAGAAUUUAGCAAGAGAUCUUCCAAUCAUCCGGGGAGGUAGGGGUGGGGAAGAGUUACUCGUGGAUAUACUGAAAAACAAGGAAGAUUCACCAUUCCGACACCAGUCACUGAUCACAUGGCUGGAUGACAAGGAAAGAGAGAUGAAGUUAGUGGGACAUUAUCUCAGGAUAUUCGAUGAUGUACCUUCUGUGAAAAUAGUGAGUGAGUUGGAGGAUGAAUUGAUGGAUCAUGCAGUGGACUAUGUGGUUUGCUUCAUGUUUACAACAUUGCAUCAGGAGGAUGUCUAUCUGUCAGAGACCAUCAAUUACCUCCAAUCUCACACAGCUCCGAAGAUACAGGCACCAACUCCUGCUGAUGGGGAAAGAGUAACACAACACGGUGAGCAGUGGUUUCACUCAGAGACUGUAAAACGAAAGAUGAAGGAACAAUCUCAGUUAUUCCUGGAAUUUGCCAAGACCAACAAAUCAGAUAGGAACAUAAAAUUCCUUGUUGCUUCUGUGAAAGAUGACAGCCAGAUAGGAACAUCUAUUUACCUGUACGAAGGUGCGUGUAUAAAGAACCGAUGCUUUGAACCCCCAUCACAGCCCCAGAGACCUGUGGCUGCUGGAACAACACAUGACAGUGUGACACUGCAGUUACACCCUCCUAGAUAUGGUACGGGUGAGAUUGUGGGUUACAAGAUAGAGUACAAAGGUACCCAGCAGGAAGAAUGGACAACUCUGGAUACACAAGGUAAAUCCGAGUCUUUUACAAUAUCUGGGUUACAGCCACAUCAGGAGUAUCGUUUCCAAUACCGAGCUGUGACCAAGGUAGGGGUUAGUAAGGCCAGUGAUAGUUCUACACAGUUCACACUUCCUACAAGUUCACCUGGUAAACCGAUCUUCCAGGAUUGUUCACCCAUUGCAACACUGUCCUGGGAUAGACCAAGUCAUAUUGGAGCUGGUGUUGAAAUAGUUCAGUACAGGAUUGAAUAUAGAGAAGAAACAUCAGUUACGUCCAAUACAGAGGCUCGAUCGUGGACGGGAGUAAAGACAACAGACAGUGAAUGUCACUAUAACUUAACGGGAUUGAAACCUCAAACAGAUUACAGAGUCCGAGUGUCUGCUGACUGUGGAGAAGCAGGUUCCAGUGUACCAAGUGAAGAGGUUUUAAUAAAAUUCGGAGAAGCAACAAAGGGAAUACACCAGAAACACCCCACAGAAGGACAAUUAAUAUCUCCAGGAAACCCUUCCAUUUACAUGCUGAACCUGCAGAAGGAGGUAUUUGGUAAGUCCAAACAUCUUGUGAAUUGCUCCUUUGGAAAACCCAGCAUAAACCACACCAUGAAGACAAUUAUGGUUUUGGGAGCAACAGGGUCAGGAAAGACCACCCUUAUCAAUGGGAUGAUCAAUUACAUAUUGGGUGUGGAAUGGGGUGACAACUUCAGAUACAUGUUAACACAGGAAGAGACAGGAAGGUCGCAGGCUGAAAGUCAGACAUCCAACAUCACUGCCUACAAACUACACCAUCAGGUGGGAUUUAACAUCGAUUACUCACUGACUAUCAUUGAUACACCAGGAUUCGGAGAUACCAGAGGGAUAAGCCGAGAUAGAGAGAUUACUGACAACAUUCGAGAGUUUUUCUCUUCCCCACAGGGGAUUGAUCAGAUUGAUGCUGUGUGUUUUGUUGCUCAAGCAUCUUUGUUUCGCCUGACUCCGACACAGAAAUAUGUCUUCGAUUCAAUUCUCUCUAUUUUUGGCAAAGAUAUUGCAGAGAACAUUCAGAUUCUGGUGACUUUUGCAGAUGGAAAGCGCCCCCCCGUUCUGGAGGCUUUGAAGGUAGCUGAGGUACCAUGUCUCAAAGGUAAAAAUGGGGUGCCAGUUCACUUCACGUUUAACAAUUCCGUUGUAUUUGCCCAGCAUUCAGCCUCUGGAAUCGCUACCAACAAGAGAUCUGAUGACAGCAGUGAAGAGGAAGUCGAUGUUAACUUUGAUGCAAUGUUCUGGAAGAUGGGAAUUAACAGUAUGAAGAAAUUCUUUAGAGCUCUCGACACAAUGGCACCAAGAAGUUUAGUUUUCACCAAAGAGGUUUUGAGGGAACGUAAGCAGCUGGAAGCUGCAGUGAAGGGAUUGCAGGAACAGAUCCAAGUCGGGCUGACCAAACUGGGGGAACUCAAGAAAAGGAAACAGGUACUGGAGCAGCAUCAGAACCAGCCAGAUGAAAAUAAAGGCUUUGAGUUUGAAGCUGAUGUCACACAUAGAGAAAAGAAGGACCUUGGACCUAAUGCUUCGUCAGUAAACAUCUGUAAGAAAUGUGAAUUCACUUGCCAUGAUCCCUGUAUUUACGCUAUGUAUAUUUUGAAAUAUUUUUGUGUAGCAAUGGAUUUCUGGGGAAAUUGCAAAGUCUGUCCUGGUAAGUGUAGCAUGUUCCAUCACUCAAGGGAAAAGUACAAGUAUGUCCCUGUAACAAGACAGGAGAAGAGGACACUGGGUGAUGUAAAAGAAAAAUGUGAGAAAGACUGUGGUGAGAAGAUGACACAGGAGAAGAUCAUGGAGAAGCUUCAGCAGGAGUUUGACGGGGUUCAGAAUUCAGUGCUGGAGUUGAUUACCCAAUUAUCUGAGAGCAAUAGAAGACUUGAGGAAGUAGCUCUGAGAUCAAACCCGUUAUCCACGCCAGCUCAUAUUGACCUCCUGAUUCAGUCUGAGAAAGACGAAAGAAAACCAGGGUACCUGGACCGAAUUCAGUCUCUGAUGAUGGUCAAGAAACAGGCCGAGUUAUUGGAGAGUUCAUCAACAGGAAGCAGUUAUCGGGAUAAGAAGCAAAAUCCAGUGAUAGGAAAAAAAAGGUGUUCAACCAUUGUUCAAAAUAUUUUUCUAUAUUUUCUGACUGGGUGGUUAGUGUUAAAUACGUGGCAAUCAGUUCAGCUUUUCCCAAUGUGGGGAGCCAAAGUUUCACCCUUCCGAUGAACUAUCUUCUGAUUCUAAUUCACCUCCAUUCUCCUCUCCCAUCUGCCCUCAGAGUUUGACAGUACAUCUUCCAUCCUCAUGCUGACCUCCUUUAACAGAUGGGUGGGGCACUCACAUUCAGUCAUCACCAAUGGCUCCUCAUCCCAAUCCUAGCCCAGAGAACCUAUCGCCAUCACAACCUUUUCUCCAUCUGUGUCCCUUCCCUUAGAAACCAGUCAGAAACACAGAGGUCAUUUGCUUUGUCUCAGACUGUCCCCACCUCGUCCCUCAGUCCCCACUCUCUCUGUCCUGUUGGAUGACACAUUACUCCACCAUGCUGGAUGAAAUGAAACUUCCUCCCAGCUCAUGGUUUUGUCCCGGCCCCUGUCAGAAUCCGGCCCAUGGGAUGGUGGGAGGGAAUGGAUGGGUUCCAUGAAACUUAAAGCAAAAAACAAAACAAAAUCAGGAAAGGAAGGGCAAUAUUUUCCAUCUAUUGUCAAAGAUGUUAAGGUUUAUCUCACUGACACAAAUGCUGGCUUCCAAAUCAACCCAUUUCCCUAAUAUUCCCUGACAUCUACUCCCAGUCAAAUGCCAAUCCACCCAUUCAUUCUCUUGAAAAGGAAAGUGAGAUGUUGAAAAUGUAAAAUGAAAACAGAAAAUGUUGGACCCACUCAGUGGGUCAGGUGACAUCUGGUGAGAGCAAAACAGUUAAUGUUUCAGAUCCGUGACCUUUAUCGGAAACUUCAGAGGCAUUUGUUUGGAAUAUCUCAACAUUAGAGCAAAUGAAACACAGAUGGUUCCUUCACAGAUGCUGCCUGACCAGCUGAGUUCUUCCAGCACUUCCUGUAUUGAUGUUAAUUCUUCCUCCAAACACCUGCACUGGGAGUGUGAUGAGAGGGAAGAGACUGGAGAGAUUUACAGUAACCAAUUUACCUCCUGACUGUAAUAUAAUCUAAAGGCAUGAGGUUCAGAAGCACGAGUGUUUGGGGGAGAGAUACUUCAAUAGUUGGAAUCUCUGGUCAGAAUCAAACAAAUUGAAUUUAAUUCUUCCUUCAAAAACUUAUGCUGGGUUGUGGGGGGGAGGGGAGGAAAAUUGACAGUAACCAAUUAAUCUUCUGACCCGCAAUAUAGUGUAAAGGACAUGAAUCUAAAAGAGGUUCAGGAGCACAAGCACUUGGGUAUAGAUGCUUCAGGAAUCGGAACUGGUAGAUCCAGUUUUACUGAAGGCUCAGAAUAAACUUUGUCACAAAAACCAGCAGAUGCUGAGAAUCUGAAACAAAGAGACAUUGAAACAAUUCACACCAGGAAGACGAUACCUUGAAAUCAGCCAGAGGAGAUGCAAGAUUGAGCAGUGAGGAGAGCAGUACUCAGAGAGGCUCUCCAAGGAAAGCUCUGUUCCUGCAGCUCCCACUAAUGCAACAGGGUAACUGGACUUUGACCAACAGCCUUUGUGCUCAGGAAAGCUAUGAAUAUUAAUAAAUGUGGGAAAUUCCUGGGAAUGGUGGGUUUACAUCUGAAACCAUCGACUGGACAGAACAUCUCCAUUCAGUCCCAUCUAUCUCUCGAUCCCAGCUGUGGCCUUGACAGCCUGUGCUUGAAGGAAGGAACUGUUCCCACACGAUUUAUUAUUGACUUCAGAGACACCACCAAGGACUCUGAGCUUGUUGCAGGGAGAUUCUAUUCACACUGGAGAACGUUGGUGCCUCCAAGUCUAUCUGAGUGAUUCAGUCAUUCCCCUUCGAUGCUCGAUGUCCUGUCUCAGCCUCUGAACCUCUCCACAGCCACAGUGAGCCCACAUGUUGAUGUCCUCUUUAUUUUCUGUCUGGGGUUUGCUUUACCUUCCUCCUCUAACAUUCCUUUGGAAAGAUGGAAGGAAGGCACGUCCCACAAGGUAAACUGGAAACAUUUGCAACAUUGAGCACCUCAGGGCAAGUUCCAGAGGACGUAUCAACCUCACCCGGACUCGGUGAGUGUGGCAAAAGUGACGGUAACCCAGAGGAACUCCUCCCCUCACAGACACAUUUCACUUUGAGGUCACCAUCACAAUGAGAAGGACAAAUGAAAUGGACAAGAGAUCUCAGCUCCCUCCUACCCACUCCCUGUUCUCACCACUGACAGAACAGCACCUCUGACUCCUGGGCACCAUCAUCGGAUGAAUGAUGAGAUAAUUAUCAUAGAUAAUCUCUAUGUGGAAUCUGCCUCAGAGGAAAGGACAACAGAAGUCCCCACGUGCUCUCCAGAAACAUUCACAAGAGAGUCUUUAAGGGACCAGACAUCAAUAUACAGCUGAGUGGCAAGUCAUUGGAAUGAGAUUCGAUUCAGAGCAGGUUUCACUGGGACGUUUACAAAGGAGCCGGGAAAUAAUGAAAAUGAAAUAGGAAAUUGUGGGAUCAUCUGGGCUGCUCUUGUAUAGACUCGAUGGACUGAAAGGUCUUUCCCUGUACUCUGACACUCUGCAUUCUCACUCUGUAUAUUAUUUCACCCAGUAGUGAGCCUCCAAUUCCAUGUUUAUCCCCUCUGUGAUGCUUUGUUCUGCUUCGGGUGGAUGGGCAUAAAAUGACUGAUGAGAUGCACAUCCUGACCAAUGGCUCACAUGGAAACGAGGCAGACGUCUGUAUCCAAACGUGUGACGGGAAUGAGGGUCACCUCACCACCCCUCACUGCACUGUUGUGGCACCUGCCUAGCCUGCAGCUCCUGUCAAUUGGAAUGGAGAAGACCAGAGUUUGCCUAAGACACUCGUUACCCCACCAGAGAGAGAUUCUCUGCCUUCAGCAGUUUGUUCCAGAUUCCAACCACCCUCUGGGUCAAAAGGUUUUUCCUCAGAUCCACUCUAAAUCUUCUAUUCCUUACCUUAAACACAAUCCGUCUCUUUCAGGAGGGUAUUUUCAGGGAAGAUUUAUAAUACCUCUUGCUGCCCUCAACAUAUUGCUAACUCUAUCAGCUGCCCUCAGAGCCUUGUGUUGUCCAAGGAAAGCAAAGACUCUGAGGUCCCUCGUCAAGUUCCAACAACCUGGAGACUCCACUCUGCUCUCUGCAGUCCGGUCACAUCAUCCCUGCAGUGUGGCAGCCAGGACGGUGCGCAAUACUCCAGCUGCUCAUUACAAAGAGUUUAUAAACUGUCCUGUAACCACUCUUCCCUGAUAAUCUCCGACAUGGGGUGUGAAGGCAAGAACCCCCUUUGUCUUCUGCAUUGCCACAGCCUUUAGAGAUCCUUGAACUUGUACACCAAGGUCAUACUGUUUCUCAACAAUGCCUUGUGAGCUACAUUCUUUGUGUACUUAUUUGUAAUCUCAAAAUACAUCACCUCGCUCUAUCUGGAGCAAAUUCCACCUGUCCUCCCUCUGCCCAUCUCACCAACUGUUCAAUAUUAUCAAUAAUCCCAAAGACUAACCUGCUCUUCAUCAGCUGGUCACAGACUUCCAAUCGGAAACACAAUCUCACAACGUCACACUUUCCCUUCUCUUAACAAAUUAAUUUUGGAAUCAAUUUGCUCUGGACCCCACGGGCUAUCAUCUUUUCAGAUCUUUCCCUCAUGUGGCCUUGUCCAAGACGACAGCUAUCAAAUCAGUACAUUUGUUACCCCUUCAAAACAUUCAAUCAAAUUGGUCAAGGGAGAUCUCCUCUCCACACGUUUCUCUGACAAUCUGUGACUAAUUACUGACUAUGCAAAUGUAAAUGAAACCUAUUCGUUAGCACCCCUCCCCCCAUCAUAGCGUACCAACUACUGAGAUAAGACUGGUUUAUCGGCAACACAAGUGAAUCUGCAGAUGCUGGAAAUAAAUAAAAACACAAAAUGCUGGCAGAACUCAGCAGACCAGACAGCAUCUAUGGGAGGAGGUGGUGACGACGUUUCAGGCCGAAACCCUUCAUCAGGAGUGAAGUAACAUGGGAUGGUCAAGUGGGGGGAGGAUGAAGUAGAGAGCCAAAGACUGGUUUAUCCCUGCUACCCUUCCUGAGCAAAGCUCUCACAUUUGCUGUCCUUCUGUCCUCUGCCAAUCUUCUACCUCUUUAACCAAUCCUCCGGAUCUCUUGACCUCUGGGCUCCCUUGCAUUUACUGCCCUGACCUUUCACAUUUCUGGGAACACCUCAUCCCUGAACAGCAACUAUUCCAGUUUAACGUGAUGCUCACACGUCAGAUUUCAGACUGAUCACCUGGAACCCACUGGAGUCUGAUGAAUAUCCCAUCCCAACAGCAUGAGCACAGUGAUACAUCAGCUGAACCAAACGUUAUCCAUUCUGACGUGUUCUACAACUUACCACAGCACCAUUCUUCUGAUGAAAUUACAUUGUUAUACUGCAUAGUAAAUGAUGUAAACCUGACAGACACUGUAUUGUUACAAAUAUUUCACUUACUGAAAUCACGACAAAUUUGAAAAUUUCUGGUUUCAGCUCACUCUUUUAUUGUUGCUUUUUUGGUGUUUUUGACCAGGACAGCCCACAGAUAAUGAAUAACACAGUGGUAGACUGAACUGAACUGAAUAUGUCUGCAUUCUUUCAAUUUUCUGUUUAUAUUCUGUGUUCCUCACUCGCUUUUCUGCCAUUCACGCGAUUUGUUAUUUUUUUACACUUGGGUGGGUGGGUUUGACGUUUUUCUUUGAAAGGGUUCCGUGGUUUUCUUUGUUUCGUGGCUGUUUGUGGGAAGAUGAAUCUCUGGGGUUUAUACUACAUACAUAGUCUGAUAAGAAAUGUCCUUUGAAUCUUGGAAAUCUUGAAUUAAACUUGAAUUAAUCUUUA